AUGGCAAUUUUCAUUGAUACAAAAUCUGUGCAGAAAGCUGUGACAGAUUCGUGUCAUUUUGUACCUUGUGAAAUUGAUUUUAACGGCGAGGCGAAAGUUGAAGAUUUCUUUUGUAAGACCAUCACGCCAAGCGCCACUGAUGGUGAUGACAUGACAGCAUUUUUCCGAGGCAGGCCGCUAAAUGGAUCAGAAAUUACACUGCCAGAUGGAUAUACAGGCCUGGUGCUGAGAGAGCCACAUAAAAGAUCCACAGAGGAUGAGGAUCGAACCCUGACUGCAACACACAAGUUUAACAACUUUACCUACUGGAACCUCGACAAGCAGACCACACCAGAUGAUUUGAUACAAAAAGCUUUGCAGUGGGUGGAUAUAUCCUCUGCUCUCCAUAAGCCUGUCUCAUUGGAAUCAAGUCCGGAGAGCAGUCAGGGCAGUGUCAAGGGGCAGUGA